AUGGAUGAGUCCUUCAAGAAGUCAGGAUCCAUUCCAUUCAAGUGGGAGAUCCAGCCAGGCAUUCCCAAGCCUUACCCGUCCCACACCACCACCCCCUUACCGCUGCCACCAAAGCUCAGGUCACAUACUUCCAUGCUCCCUCUCUCCCUGCCUCAAUCCUCCAAUCUUCUCUCCCCCUCUGCCUCGACCUCUCGGCCAUUCCCCUCUCAAGGCUGCUUCCCCAUUCCAUCAGUCAAGCAUAGAGAUGACAAGAAGGGUGUCGAACCGAUCCCAUGGUUACAGCUUCGCUCCAUGUCUGCUCGCUUUACUCCUCUCUUCUCAUCUCCCUUCGGCAAGUCCAUGCAGGUGAAGGAUGACAUCAACUUGGACACUUAA